UCAAUUGAAUACGAAAAAAAACGAAAUUCUCAACAUCAAAAAAAAAUGGCUCCAAAAUUAAUCUAUGAAACAACAUUAUUAGUAUGUAGUUCAUGUGUUAUAUUCACCGGUACAGUUUCGGCUGUAUUACUCAUGUUAAUAUGGCCACAAGAUCGAAUACUUGGCCUCAGUACUCGUCUGGUUAUUGGGCUUUGCGUUAUAAUUGUUGCCAUCUUUAGUGUUGGAUUUGUUGGUACAAUAGCUGAAUCAACACAGGCAUUGAUCAUUUACGCAUGUUUACUCAUCUUAUUUCCUGUGAGCGUUUUAUUGGUCGAAAUUAUAUUGAGGUUAUCAUCGUUAUCACCAAACACGGGACCAACGAUAACCACUACGAAUCCUACAUCUUCAUCAUCAUCAUCAUCGUCAUCCUCGUCAACAGCAUCAUCAUCACCAACAUCGACAUCAACAUCAUCAUCUUCUAUUUUAACGAUUCAAUCGUCAACAAAUUCAUCAUCAUCAUCUACAAAAAAUUUUCAGUAUAAAAAUAAACAUCAGAUACCCGUUCCACCAUCAUUAUCAUCAACAACAUCACUGCCAAUGAAUGCCUUAAUAUUUCCCACACAAUCAGUAUUGCCUUCAUACAAUGAAAUAACAUUAGUAAAAGGAAAAUCUAAAUUUCAACAACAAAAAUCACAAUCUUAUAAUAGUGGUGGAUAUAAUUUAUCAAAUCAAACAAUGCUCUUGUUAUCGGAUCCAAAAUUCAUGUCACCAUCAUCAUCGUUACCAACCAACGAUGGAUCAUCUAUUCAUGUUGAUGAUGAUGAUGAUAAACAACAAAACAUGGCAAAACAUUUGUCAUCCAUAACCAAUAUUACCAGUAUUAUAAAACGACCAUCACCUAGCAAUAGUGAUAUUGAAAUGUUGAAUAAUAAAGAAUAUUCAAUUAAAAAUGAAAUGGAUCAAAAGAAAAUUAAUAAACAUAAUAAUGAUGGUGUUGGUGGUGGUGGUGGUGGAAAGAAUUUAUUAUCAAAAAUAUUUACAGCAUCAUUGAGUCCAAAAGUCGAAACAUCUAUUGAAUAUAUUCUGAUUGGUAUGCUUGGCUUUGUUCUUGUACAGAUUGUUAUCUCAUAUUUACUUGCUUAUGAAAUACGAACAAUACAAUCAGAAUUAAAAAUGAUAAAUUCAUCUAAUCAUAGAAGACGUCGUCGUCGAUUUAAUCAUGAUGAUUGUCAUGUCGAUGAUGAUGAUGAUAAUCAUGAUAGUGAUUUUGAAAAAAAUGACUGA